AUAAUGUUUAAAUUGGAAAAACUAAUUUCGUCAAAACAAAAACCCAAAACUCUCAGUCAUGUAGUUAGUUAGUUCUUGCUUCAUGAAUCGUCGUCUUCAAUCUCUUUCCCUACCAAUUUCUGUUGCUUCAGCUUCUGUAAGCCAAUGGCGUCAAUGGUCUCUCUCUCAAACGCAAUCGGAUUCUCUCACACCACAAAACACAAUACCCUUUUUUCAACUUCUCUCUGUAAACUAAACUACAGUUCAAAUAUGGUUGAAAUGAAGACAUUUUCGCAGCAAGGUUGUCGAAAAAUUGGACAUGAUCGUAGAUGUUUUCGAGUAUAUGGCCUUUACGGAGGGAGAAAGGAAAAUAAUGAGAAAAGUGAUGAUGCAACUUCUAAGGUAACUCUGUCUGGAAACCAGCAACCCAUACGAACAGAAAUCACUAAGGCAGCCAAGGAAUUGAGACCAGAACAGCACAGUGGCGGUAAGAAUACAAACGAAGUGCCUCAAAAUGCUGAUUUUCCUCGCCAAUAUUCAAGAAAGGAGAAAAAGCCUUUUCCGGUUCCCAUUGUAGAACUGCGACGGGCAGCUAGAGAGAGGAUAAAGAAGAUGAAAGAUGUGCCAAAGAAAAAACCAAUGCCGGCGCCAAAGAAUGGAUUGCUAGUGAAGAACCUUAUACCAUAUGCAUAUGAUGUGUAUAAUGCUAGGAUCACUUUGAUUAAUAAUUUGAAGAAGCUGCUCAAAGUAGUGCCCGUGCAUGCUUGUGGGUGGUGCAGUGAAAUCCAUGUAGGCCCUGUUGGACAUCCAUUCAAGUCAUGUAAAGGUACACAGGCGAACCGCCGCAACGGCCUUCAUGAAUGGACAAAUGCACAUGUAGAAGACAUAUUAAUACCAGUUGACACCUUUCACCUCUAUGAUCGUCUUGGAAAGCGGAUUCCUCAUGAAAAGAGAUUCUCCAUCCCUCGUAUUCCAGCAGUGGUUGAGCUCUGCAUUCAAGCUGGCGUUGAAAUUCCAGAGUUUCCCACAAAAAGGAGAAGAAAGCCAAUAAUCCGUAUUGGGAAGAAGGAAUUUGUGGAUGCUGAUGAAAGUGAACUACCAGAUAAAGUCCCAGAUAACCCUACAACACCGUUACUAGCUGAAAUACCAGAUUCCGAAAUAGUUGCUCCAGUGAACAAGGAGGAAGUUGUCCACCUUGCCGAGGAAACACUCCAAGCAUGGGAACAAAUGAGGAGAGGUACCAAGAAACUAAUGAGGAUGUACCAGGUGAGAGUCUGUGGAUAUUGCCCUGAAAUUCAUGUCGGCCCCAGCGGACACAAAGCUCAAAACUGCGGGGCACACAAACAUCAACAACGCAAUGGGCAGCAUGGUUGGCAAGCUGCAGUCAUCGAUGACUUGAUACCGCCGAGAUUUGUGUGGCAUGUUCCUGAUGUAAACGGACCACCACUGGAACGAGAGCUCAGGAAUUUCUACGGACAGGCUCCGGCCGUAGUGGAAAUGUGCAUUCAGGCUGGUGCUGCUUUACCAGAACAAUAUAAAUCAACCAUGCGCCUUGAUAUCGGGAUCCCUUCAACUCUUAAAGAAGCAGAAAUGGUAGUUUGAGAUUAUUAAAGUAUAAAUUGCAUGUUGUAUGUAGAUGGUCAAAUUGAAUAAUGCAGUUGGAAGGGUUUGGAGGGAACCUGUCUGGAAAUUUUGUACUUGCUAGACAUUGUAAAAAUGAUUGUUAUGCUAAGAUUAACCUCAGUUAUGAAAAGGCUAGUACUUCGAAAUUGUAAUGCUUCAAGAUCCAUGUGUUGUAAAAGUAUGACAUGGCUUUAAUCUAA